AUGGUUUAUGAAAUUCCUUCGGAUAAAAAUACCCAAAAAUCAAUAAUCUUAGAGAAUAUAUCAAUACUUACAGAAUAUCAAAAAUUAAUAGAUCGAUUUUUUUCGGCAAUUUCAGCAAAUGCAGAAGGAAAGUCACUCGAUCGUUCACCUGUUGAUAUCAUGAAAGAUAUUGUGGAGUUGGAUAAAAAAAUGCAGCAAGUUGAAGAACAUCAAAGAAUUCAUCAUAAAAUAUUGCAAGUCGAAAAUGAAAUCAAUGCAGAAAAUAAUGCAAUUGUGGAUUUCGUGAAUUAUUUAAGAAAAGGGAAAGAACAAAUUGAUGAUUUUUUGGAAUCUUCACGGAAUACCAUGAGAGCAAUAGAAUUGGCUACUAACGUGACAGCAGAUGAAAUAUUGAAAUAUGCCAAUAGAAUUAGUAAAUAUACAGCAGCACCUCCAGGUUACGAUUUAACAAGACCAACCGAAUUACAAGUUGAACCUCCACAUCCAAUUGAAGCCAUAAUGCGAAAAGGAUUAUUGUUUCGUCAAGAAUAUCUUGGUAUGAAUUUUGGAGAGGAUGCUAUGUUACCACAUGCAGAAGAGUUUAAUUUAGAUCUUAACCCUGAAUUGGAAUGA